ACCAGCACAGCCACCACUAUGGCACACGACACCCUCCUGGCCACGCUGGCUGUUGGGCUGCUGUCCCUCUCCUGCUCUGCAGCCCCUCUUCAGAGCAAGCCACAGGCGCUUGUCACCUUCCCGGGGGAUCUGGUGGGCACCCGGUCAGACCUGGAGCUGGCAGAGAGCUAUCUGCUGCGGUUUGGGUACACCGCAGAGGCGGAGGCAAGGACGGGGCUCAGGCAGCUGUCGCUGGGCAAGGCGCUGCGCAGGAUGCAGAAGCAACUGGGCCUGGAGGAGACGGGGCAGCUGGAUGCUGACACACUGGAGGCCAUGCGAGCCCCGCGCUGUGGUGUCCCUGAUGUGGGCACCUUCCUCACCUUUGAGGGGGACCUCAAGUGGGACCACAUGGACCUGACAUACCGUGUGAUGAACUACUCCCCUGACCUGGAUCGUGCCGUGAUUGAUGAUGCUUUCAAGCGGGCAUUCAAAGUGUGGAGUGAUGUGACACCCCUCACCUUCACCCAGAUAUACAGCGGCGAGGCGGACAUCAUGAUCAUGUUUGGCAGUGGAGAGCAUGGGGAUGGGUACCCCUUUGAUGGCAAGGACGGGCUCUUGGCCCACGCCUUUCCCCCAGGCCAAGGCAUCCAGGGUGAUGCCCACUUCGAUGACGAUGAGUUCUGGACACUGGGAACUGGUUUAGUGGUGAAGACCCGUCAAGGGAAUGCUGAGGGAGCUGACUGCCACUUCCCCUUCACCUUUGAGGGACGCUCCUACUCCCACUGCACCACAGAGGGGCGCAAGGAUGGGCUGCCCUGGUGUGCCACCACCCCCAGCUAUGAUCGAGACAAGAAAUAUGGCUUCUGCCCCAGUGAACUCCUCUACACCAAUGGUGGCAACAGUGACGGGGCCCCCUGCAUCUUCCCCUUCAUCUUCGAGGGCAUCUCCUAUGACAGUUGCACCACGGUCGGGCGCUCUGAUGGCUACCGCUGGUGUGCCACCACCCCCAACUUUGACCAGGACAAGAAAUACGGUUUCUGCCCCAACCGAGACACAGCUGUGAUCGGUGGCAACUCCCAGGGGGACCCCUGCACCUUCCCCUUCACUUUCCUGGGUCAGAGCUACAGUGCCUGCACCAGCCAGGGCCGUCAGGAUGGCAAGCUCUGGUGUGCCACCACCAGCAACUAUGACACUGACAAGAAGUGGGGCUUCUGCCCUGACAGAGGUUACAGCAUCUUCCUGGUGGCUGCCCAUGAGUUUGGGCACUCGCUGGGGCUUGAUCACUCAAGUGUGCGGCAGGCCCUGAUGUACCCCAUGUACAGCUACAUCCAGGACUUCCAGCUGGACCCAGAUGAUAUCCAGGGCAUCCAGUACCUCUACGGUCGUGGCUCUGGCCCUGAGCCCACCAUCCCUGCACCCAUUCCCACUGAGGACCCCCAGCCCCUGCCCACAGAGGCUGGCAGCACCUCCACCACCGAGGAGGAGAUGCCAGAGCCCACAACCGAGGCCAUUACUGUGGACCCCAGACAGGACGCCUGUGUGGAGAAGAACUUUGAUGCCAUCACAGAGAUCAAUGGGGAGCUGCAUUUCUUCAAGGAUGGGAAGUACUGGACCCACUCGUCCUUCUGGAAGUCGGGCAUCCAGGGCGCCUUUUCAGUUGCAGACACCUGGCCCAGCCUCCCGGCUGCCAUCGAUGCUGCUUUCCAGGAUGUGCUCACCAAGAGGGUGUUCUUCUUUGCUGGGCGGCAGUUCUGGGUGUUUUCCGGCAAGAGCAUGGUGGGUCCCCGUGGGAUUGAGAAGCUGGGCAUUGGGAAGGAAGCCAGCCGCAUCUCAGGGGCCCUGCAGCGGGGCCGUGGCAAAGUGCUGCUCUUCAGUGGGGAGAGCUACUGGAGGCUAGAUGUUAAAGUCCAGAGGGUGGACAAGGGCUACCCCCGUGCCACCGAUGAUGUCUUCACUGGUGUCCCUCUUGACGCACGCAAUGUCUUCCUCUACCAAGACAAGUACUAUUUCUGCCGGGGCAACUUCUACUGGAGAAUGACGCCACGCUACCAGGUGGACCGGGUGGGCUACGUCAAGUACGACAUCCUGCAGUGCCCCCAGCACUGAGGGCCCCAUGGGUGCCCAGCUCCAGCCCACACACUGCUCCCUGCCCACUGCUCCCAUCCUGCAGGCUGCUGCCUCACAGCCUGACCCUGGGGCACAUGGGGAGCCCCCGCCAUGCUGGGGGCUUUGCCAUCUCACUGUCAGGAAGGCACAGGGAGUCCUGGGGUCCCCCCUGGGGGGUUGCCUGGAGCAGGGAGCCCUGGCUGGGGAGCAGGGCUCUCGCUGCAGCCAGCCGAGGCGUUUGCCUGGUGCAAACCACACGAUUUCCACCGACUUUGUCUUUUCCUGAGCCAGCUGUGCCAGGUCAGACAGGGUCCGUGGGCAGCUGGUGCUUUGGGGGUUGGCAGGGACGGGGGGCUCUGCCUCACUGUGGCUUGUGCCCGUUCUGCCAAAUCUGCUCGUUUUUAAUAAA